UUCUGCCCCCCCCCCCGCCGCCGCCAGCCGGAGCGGAGCCCGGGCGGCUCAUUGCGGAGUGAAGCUGCAGCCGCGAUGGCCACGACCGUGACCUGCACCCGCUUCACCGACGAGUAUCAGCUUUACGAGGAAAUUGGCAAGGGGGCUUUUUCCGUGGUGCGACGCUGUGUCAAACUUUGCACUGGACAUGAAUACGCAGCCAAGAUUAUCAACACCAAGAAGCUCUCAGCAAGAGAUCACCAGAAGUUGGAGCGAGAAGCUCGCAUCUGCCGUCUCCUGAAGCAUUCCAAUAUUGUUCGCCUCCAUGACAGCAUAUCCGAGGAAGGCUUCCACUACCUCGUCUUUGAUCUGGUCACGGGCGGUGAGCUCUUCGAAGACAUUGUUGCGAGAGAAUACUACAGUGAAGCUGAUGCAAGUCAUUGCAUCCAGCAGAUCCUGGAGGCUGUUCUCCACUGCCACCAAAUGGGGGUCGUCCACAGAGACCUCAAGCCGGAGAACCUGCUUCUGGCCAGCAAAUGCAAAGGAGCAGCGGUGAAAUUGGCAGAUUUUGGCUUGGCAAUUGAGGUGCAAGGAGACCAGCAGGCCUGGUUUGGCUUUGCAGGUACUCCUGGUUACCUUUCUCCAGAAGUUCUACGCAAAGAAGCUUAUGGGAAGCCUGUGGAUAUCUGGGCGUGCGGUGUUAUUCUUUACAUCUUACUGGUGGGAUAUCCUCCUUUUUGGGAUGAAGAUCAGCACAAGCUGUACCAACAGAUCAAGGCUGGUGCCUACGAUUUUCCUUCCCCUGAAUGGGACACAGUCACUCCUGAAGCAAAAAACCUCAUAAACCAGAUGCUAACCAUCAACCCUACAAAGAGAAUCACAGCACACGAAGCUCUGAAGCAUCCAUGGGUCUGCCAACGUUCAACAGUGGCCUCCAUGAUGCACAGGCAGGAGACUGUAGAGUGUCUGAAAAAGUUCAACGCAAGAAGAAAGCUCAAGGGUGCCAUUCUUACUACUAUGUUGGCAACAAGAAACUUUUCAGUGGGCAGACAGACCACCGCUCCUGCUACCAUGUCUGCAGCAGCAGCAGCCUCCGGUGCCACCAUGGGGUUGGUGGAGCAAGCUAAAAGUUUACUGAACAAGAAGGCGGAUGGCGUGAAGCCUCAGACGAACAGCACCAAAGGCAGCACCGGAGUUACCAGCCCAAAAGCGACCCUUCCACCCGCCACACUGGAACCUCAAACCACCGUUAUCCAUAACCCAGUGGACAGCAUUAAGGAAUCAUCCGACAGCACAAACACCACCAUAGAGGAUGAGGACACAAAAGUUAAAAGCACUGAUAAUGAGCUUGUAAAAAGUCAAGUGAAUUCAGGAUCUGCCCCUGAACCUCCUCCCAGCCUACAGACAUCUGUCAUCUCAUCUGCUGCUGCUGCAAUCACGGCUGCUUCCUCCAAGCUCUCUGAUGUAUUAGGCCUGGUGAAAAAGGGAUCAGGUACCCCUGUGGCUGAAGACCCAACAAAUUCUUCACCCUGCAUAUUACCAGCUAUUGCAAGCCCUCUCCCUCCCCAGUCUGCUAAACUAUCUGAUGUCUUAGGCAUGGUGAAAAGGGGUUCUGGACCCCCAGAUGCUGAAGACCCAAAGCCUUCCAUUACUCUGCCUAACCCAUCCACGGUUGUUGCUAAUCCUCUUCCUCUCCCGUCUGCCAAACUCUGUGAUGUGUUAGGCAUGGUGAAAGGGGGCUCUGCGCCCCCCAAAAGUGAAGAGCCAAAGACCUCCAGCCCCCUUCCUGGACCACCUUCUAUUGUCACCAAUCCUCUUUCUCCCUCGUCCUCGAAAUUGUCUGAUGUCCUAAGCAUGGUGAAAAGGGGCUCUGGAGCCCCAGAAGCUGAGGGGCCACACCCUGCUGUCACCCAGUUUUUCCCAUUUCCACCCAUUGCUAGUCCUCUUCCUUCAGAUCCCCGCAAACAGGAAAUAAUCAAGAUAACGGAGCAGCUGAUAGAGGCUGUGAACAAUGGCGAUUUUGAGGCCUAUGCAAAAAUAUGUGAUCCAGGUCUAACUUCGUUUGAGCCUGAAGCGCUGGGCAAUCUCGUUGAAGGGAUGGACUUCCACAGAUUUUACUUUGAAAACUUGUUAUCUAAGAACAACAAGCCUAUUCACACAACUAUCCUGAACCCUCACGUACAUGUCAUUGGGGAAGAUGCUGCUUGCAUUGCCUACAUCCGCCUGACACAGUACAUCGAUGGGCAGAGCCGUCCCCGUACUUGCCAGUCCGAAGAGACCCGUGUCUGGCACCGCCGGGAUGGCAAGUGGCAGAAUGUCCACUUCCACUGCUCAGGAGCUCCGGUGGCCCCACUCCAGUGAAGAACUUAUGCUGGCUGUUUUGAUUUCAUCCCGAAGGAGAUGGAGAUUUCAGCUGAGCCACUAGCCGGGAGCAGCAGUGACAAGCACGCGCCCGCAUGCUCGUGCCCCCCCCCCGUUCCCUCUCCUUCCCCUCUUUCAUUUCCAGUGCCUGUGUUUGCAAAGAGAGAGAGAGAGAGAGAGACAGAGAAACACAUAAGAAAAACACAAAUCCAGGUAGACUUGAUUAUUUAAAAAAGAAGAAGAAGCAAACCCAGCCAAAUCCAUCCAGCUGUCUGACUUGCAGCCUGACUAUAAUGCACUCACUAUUCCUAUCAGUUUCAUUUUUCUUUUUCUUCUUCCUUUUGGUGUGCAGCUGUUCAGGUGACCAGAUGUUGCAGUGAAAAAUGUUUCAACUUCAAAAAAAAAUGAAAACAAAAAAACAAAGGUCCCCUCUCCUCCCUGUAUCCAUCCUGGUGUUGAACAGUGUUCGUUUGUUUAGUGAACACACACACACACACACACACACACACACACACACACACACACACACAGAGAUACUUAAUUCACCAGACCUUGGUUCAGCGGGCUUCAGAUGCAGUGGACAAAAUCUGUGCACUUUUUUUUUUUUUUUGCAUCUGCUCCUUGGCCAUUUUGACACAGGUGUAAAAUACACAUUUGCCAUUUUACACAUGUAUUAAAAAAAAUACUGCAUUUUACAAUUUUUUUAGAUGUGAUGGACAUCCUUUCCCCCAUUAGUCUGUUAAAUCCAGGAUCUAUUGUAAAUAUAUAUAUAUAUAUAUAUAUAUAUACACAUAUAUGUGUGUGUGUUUGUGUGUGUGCACGCACACACACACACACACACACACACACACACACACACAAAGCCAAACACAGAGCCCCCUUUUAUAGUAUUUGCAUUCUCUGCCAAAAGUAUGGGCCUUUUUCCUCCGGUGAUUGUGUUCGCGCUUGGAAGUUUGUGAUCAGUGCUACCAUUUUGUUUUGAAGAAGACCCACCCCAACCCACCCCAGACCCCUUCAUUUCCUUUCUCCUCUAGCUGUAGUUGUGGAUUAUGAUGAUGCUAAUUACUCAGCCUCUUCAUUUGAUUUGUUUGUUUCCUUUGAAUAGAGGGGGGCGGAAUCCUGUUGGUAGUGGAGGGGUUUUGCUUUUGGGGCUCCUCCCAGGCUAACACUACUGCCAAUGAUUUUCUGCUAGGCUCAUGACUGCACCCAUCCUGAUAGGUCUGUAGAUGACACAGGGCAUCGCCUUGGAGUUCCGUAUAGGCCUCCCUGCAGACUCUUGGAUAUCUGCGUUCUCAUUAGCACUUACAUUUUACUAGCAUCUUGAUCCUGCUCUCUCAACAAGGGCUACUAACACUGGAGUUGUACUUGUGCCCUUACCGUGGUUGAUUAUUAGGGUGGGUCUUGCCCUUGCUUAGUGGGACUGGCUGGGAAGUUGUAAUGUCGCUUCAAAGAGCUAGCGAGGAAAGAGUCAACGGUACUAAAUCUCAGCCUUAUCCAGUGCUGGAACCUUGCUUUCUGUCCACAAGAACGAGGAAGAGAUGUUUUAUUACACUCUGUAAAUGCUCAGAUUCCUCUUUAUCUUCGGUAGAGUAUGUUGACUUAAAAAGAUGAAAGGAAUAGAAAGUGACUAUUUUUGGGAUGGGGGUGCUUGAAGUUCUUAACAGCCUAGAAGAAAGAGAGGUGGUCAACAUAAAGGUGCAUAGCCCAUUCAUUCAUCUCCAUUCUCUCUCUCUCUCUCUCUCUCCUCUGAGAAUUUACCUGCAAAGAGAGCUGAGUGACAGCAAACUUUGAGAAAAUUGCUCUUCGGAGAGCUCUAGAUUCAGGAGCUGACUCAACGAGUGGCCCCAAAUAAGCAAAACCAAAGGGGGCAAUUCUCCCCAUGGACCAAGUUCUAACAGAAGGCGAUGACAGGUUGUGGGGGUCUUUCACUGGCUAGUUGGAACAAUUGGCUAGUGCCAGCUUUAGCUGCACCAGAUCCCAAUGGAAGGUGUCAAGCAUUGCCUUCUGCUCGCUACAUCUCCAUGCCAGGAGGCUCAUAUUGGCUGUAACAGAUGUUAGAGUGUGGCAUUUGCCAGAAUGUAUGAAUAAGAAAGCUCUGUUUUCUUCUAAUGGGCUCCUUCCCCAACCCCUGUGUUUAAAUAUUCACACAGGAGAAAACCUUCCUCCUCGCCAGUAGCUUACUCAGCAUCCCAUAGCUUCAACUGGUUUCUUAGCAUGUGGUGGUGAAUAGGGUCCUUGUGACCACAGAAGCAGAUAAGUGGUUCCUUAAGGACCAUGAUUAGAGGAAUAGAUUUGGGGGUGGGGUGGGGGGCUGAAAUACCUUGCUACAAUGAGCAGGGCAUAAACUUAUAUUUUGACAAGUGGGAAUUCACACUAUUGAUUCCCGCCAGGGGAGAUUUCAAGGCAAAGUUUAAUUAGAUAGCUGCUUUGAAGGGAUUUUUAUAGGUAUCUCUCUAAAGAUGGGGAGACAGAAAAGUGGCCGUCCUGUGCAGAAGUGGACUUCAGUGGGCUUUGCUUCCGAGUUGGUAGGUGAAGGUAGUGUGGGUUGUGCAGCAUCCAUUAAAUGAAGUGGGCUGAUGUCAAGAACUCCAUACUUAGAACUGGGCGAUUGAUCGGGGCCUUUUGAAAUCUUAUUUUCCUUACCCAUUUAAAGCUUGAAGGUUGUUUGGUCACAGUCACGUGGACUUCUUGUUGACACUCCCGUUUCAUAGCUUGCUUCCAGUCGUCCUGUUGUUCAAUUAAAUGGCAAAUUUUAGGUGUGCGUGGCUCCAGGGAUGAUAGGACAUCGCAGGGAGGAAGGCAGAUCCCAUGUUGCAAACUUCUUCAACCUUUGGAUAGUUAGAUAUACCUGAAAUACUUGCCCAAAGAGAGGCUGAGAAGAAUACUUCCUGUAGGCUUUAGAAGCUAAAAAAAGUCUCUUCUGGGUGGUGCUCUUAUGUCACCUGUGCCCUUCUGUGGGCUUUACGUUAUCAGUGGUGGAUGUUCCCAUGUCUUUCAUUAAUACGGAUUCCCCUGACUUAGGAGAAUUUAGUUAGCUUUCAUAUAUUCAAGCAGUACUCAGAAAAUGUGCAUGCAGAAAAUCCAAUUGUUUCUAACUUUUUUUAAUUCCAGAGAGAGUAUUUAUGGAUUAAACCAGGUCUUCAAAUUUUUAUAAAGGGAUCUUAUCUAAAAUUGCAUAACAAAUGUUAGUUUACUGUAUUAAAAUAGGACUGGCUAACAAGGGCCAUAUGAGGUCUUUCAGGAAUGGAAAGCGUGUUAGCCACUAGACUGCACCGCCUCCCUUUCACCAUUCAAAAAUAAAUGUACCUAGGUCUCAAGAGUUUUCCUCUUUCCAUAAAUUACAGUUUUUGCCUUCAGUGGAACUUCUGAUUGCAAAACAAGACUGUUGAAAGCUGGAGUUGCACAGGGAAAAUCCACUGUAGGUGAUUUGAGCUAAAAAUAAAUGGGAAGACAUUGCUGCUUUUGGAACAAAAAGUGGAAAUGCUAUUUUGCAUAACACAGAAAAUUUAAUUUAGGGGCUGAAAAUCCCCAAAGAGACUUUUUUUAAUUAGAUAAAAAUCAUUUUUUUUGCAGUGUCUCAGUCACCACUUUUGACUUCCUCAAGUAUCCAUUACUUCACAAUUUGAUGCGACUAGAAUUCAUUCAGCAUUUCAGUCUGAUGUAAAUAAUACAACAUUUCGAUCCCAGUGUUGUUUUCAGAACUCACCUAGUCUGUAGUGAUCGAGAUGGACGAAUGUAGCCAAGUUCAAUUGCAUUUCUCUUUUUUGAAUCAAAAGCCUGUUUUAUCAUCUUUCCCGGAAUCAGCUCGUGAUUUUUCACCUAGAAUUUUUGUGCAUGAUUUUAAAUAUAUUUUCCCUUAGAUAAAAAGAAGGAGUAAGUGAUACUUAGCUGUUGGGCAGUUGAUUUAAAUUGAAAGUAACUGUUUUUCUAGGCACAAGUCAUACCAAGUUUUAUUAACUAGAUGUGUUGAAAGGGACAAGGAUUUCAGCAACUUUAAAAAACCUAUUUAUCUUCCAAGAUAGGCCUGAAGAUUUUGAUAUCCUUUCCUCUAAUCUUCUGGUUCUCAGUAUUUUGCAGUACCACUAGCCACUAAAACGAUUCAUGUAUUUAUGUGCCUUCUCAGUGAAUAAGGUAUUUCAUUGGGAUUAGGGUCAAGAAUAAACAAGCCAUUUUUCACAAUUAAAAUUUAACUGAAAUAAAACUACAGAACUAUACUAAGUUGUAAAAUAAAAUGGAUAAAAUUACUGAAUGUCACUCAUAAAAUCAUUUCUAUAAACACCUCAGAUAUUGUGGCUAUAGUGCUACCUGCCGUACUGGCAGAGAUAACAGCCAUAUUUCUGUGAAAGCUGAACUAAAUAAAUGGUCAAAAUCAAGUAAUAAUUAGUCAGAUGACCAAUAGAUUUACUUAUACUCUGCAGAAAUUAGAGUUUUGUUCAUUUCAGCUGCAUUAGCUGAAACACAGACAAUAACUUUGUUUUAAUCAAAACAAAUUAUAAACCCUUUCUAUUGUUGACCCACUGAUGGAUUGUAAUGAUUAAAUUUAAACCUUUGGUAAAAUACAUUACAAAGAUUAUUUCAAAAAUAACAUUCUGUGAUUUAAACAGUAAUUUAAAUAAUACAACACUGCUGGGGGUUUAUAAAGCCUGUCUGCUGCCACAGGUAGAAAACCAAUUAUGUAGGGUUGAUAUUACUUAGAAGUCUAAGCUGGGGAUUAUAAUAAGAUUUGUGAGGACCCUAUACUUAUUGUUGCAUUUUAGUGUGUAUUUCUCAAAUUUGUCAUGCAAAGUUCAGAAACCUGUGCUGGUCUCAUAGAAGCACCCUUGCUUCUAAAACUUGUGAUGUGCUCACCAGAGGGCAGCAGAGUUGUAUUAAAACCUUGGGUAAAAUCCAUCAAAGUCAAAACCAACCUUUCUGAAUCUUAAAGACAUCAUAUUACUACAAAUUCCAAAUGUCCCAGCAAACACAUCCAAAUAGCUUCCUGCCUCAGAAUCCUAUGAGUUGCAAUCUAAGGCAACUGGAAGACAACAGGUAAAGGAAGGCUUGCCCUGCUAGCCUUCAGAUCAAUAGGAUAGACCACUGAUGUAUCCUACCCGUUUAAAGAGUUGAGCUGUCAACCGUCCCAUUGGCAUAUGCAGCAAAAAAAAAAAAAAAAAAAAAACCUUCUGGGCCAUUACUAAAAGUAAAACUUUACUGGUAGAUCCAUAUAGGCACACUAGAAAGGAAAGCUAGUCCUGACUUUUCGUGCAAAAACCUGCAUAGUUAAAAUCCCCUUUUCCCGUCCUGGGCCACUCGCUGUCCUGUGUCGACCAAUCCAGUGCAGUCUUUGUUUUGGGAAACUGCUCAGCUCAGAAGGCUAUCAUCAUUUGACCUUCACGGGUCAAGAUUCCCCCAGGCCACAGACGAUGCACACGAAUUCCUCAGUUCCCUCCCAUCCACCCAUACAUUCCAAUUAUUCCUUCCCCCUCACCGCUCCCCGUGUUGUCUGGCUGUGAGUGAAAGUGCAGUUAUAUGAAUUAUGUGAAAGCGAAAUUAUAUGUAAUAUAAUUAUGUAUAUUACAAUUUAAGUCUUCACAAAAAUGAAAACGAGUCUCAUGAGUCAGGUUAUAGUAGUCUCAAAAAAUAAUAAUAAUCAGUUAAACUGGGAGAUUUUCAGAACUGAUGCUGCUGGAGAACAAAAAUCGAAUUGAUGAUUGGACCCAGGUUUUACUACUGGCAAUUCCAGUGUUUGUAUAUAUAAAAAAAGGUCAUCACAUCUUAUAUGUAAUCUGGUGUAUGCAAAUUUCUCACUAGUCUUGCCAACAUUUAAUUCUGCAAAGUUUAACAAUACUUGGCUCUUGUCCAAGCGAUAAACCGUUGAUAAAUGAAGUCAAAUGAGCAGCCAGCUUCUUUGCAGGUCCUGCUUUUGCCCUGACACCAUCACUUCAACCUAUGGUAACUAAAGUUCAUAACAGCAGAAGAACUUGUUUUAGAGAGAGGGGCAUGACCACUGCUGUUAAGGUGGGAAUAAAAAAGACGACGAGUCGCAUUUAGCCACAAAAUUACACCAAGUACUGUAGCUUUUCUCCCAAUAGCCAAUCACACUUUCAUUGUUCAAUCUGCAACCAACGUCAUCUUAGACAAGCCACUAAAUUGCCAAAAAUGAGCGAAAAUCAGAUGAGAAGGCCAAGUGACUGUAGAGCUUGUGCAAAAAUUAAAGUCUUUUGCAUGUGGCCAGUUGCAAAUGUCCUGGUGGGCGUGGUGUGCUUGCCUGACCCCCAAUUUGUCUGUUAUGGUGGCCGGCAAAAGAUCUAGAACUCUUUGCUGAACAGUUGUGCCUGCAGUGAAUGGCAGGAAUAUUGUUAAUUCUAAGGAAGCUAUUUCUAACCACCCUUCAUUACCACGUACUUCAGAUUAAACCUACUUUGUGCCUACCUACCUUGCCUUGCUUUUAUCCUACUACGAGUGUACUACUUUUAACUGGAGUCUGAUAUUUUUGGCAGUCUCAUAUAUGAAACUGAUGGGUUUCAUUGCUUAUAUUGCUUUGUGCGAGAAACAUGUCUGAAUCUUAAAAAAAAAA